GUCGAGCCAGUCUGAGGAGAAGAGAGUCAGUAACGAGAGCCCUGCUUGGAUUACUUGUGCUGCGCUAUUCCCAGUCCGUUUGUGUGUUUUUCUGGACAUGUAGUGUACCUCAACAAAAGUCAAAAUGCCUAAAAUUUACAAUACGUUGACCUCUAUGGAAAGAGGGCACCGGGAGUUGACGAGCAUUUUUAAAGGUGCAUCGGAUGAUACGCUGCUAUUUCCGCUAGAGCUACCGCAAAUCUUCGAAAGGCCGCCGUUUAAUCAACCCCCCGCAACACCAUCAGUGGAAUCAAAACCGACAUCAGAGGUUGCGAAGAAGGAUUCCCUAUCAGGAGAAGAAGAGCAAGUCAACCCUGACAAAACAUCCCCAAUCAAGGAAGAUGAAAAGAUUCCUCCGCCUAGGAAAUCACAAUUCCAGUCCGGCGAUAAACCGAAAAAAAAAUUGGUUGCCCAAGAGAUAUUACACAGGAGAUCAGAGGAGCAAGGGAAGAAAGACCACCCUCGCCCGUCCGUUAUCCAGAAGGCACCCGUUAUCCAGAGGGCACCCGUCGUGGACGCACACAGGCUAGCCCUGGAACUGCCAUAUGUCGGCCCAAUGCAAGAAUAUCCCAUCGACUGCCGCGUACCAAAGAAGCCGAAUAAUAAUGAAGGAAAACGGCCUCUAUCAGCAUUUAGCAAAAUGGGGCGGACACGCUCCAGCCCCAUGUGUGGAGGGGGCGGGGGUGGAACGCUGCACUUCGGCGGCUCAGGUGGCGGUCAGGGUCACAUUGACGCGAUUGGUGGCGGCGGAGGGGGUUGCGGUGGCGGCGUCAUGGGCAACGGAGGCGGCGGUGGAGACAUGGGCUGCGGAAAUGGACGGCUAAACAACUAUGGGACUUCCAGUCCACCCUCGGCCAGCCUACCACCCUUCUAUGAGUCGCUCAAGAGCAACAGCUAUACGAUGCCAAUCGAAAUCGCAGGCAUGAGCCAAGGCAACCCUCUCCACAAUUUUGAGGAGUAUCGCCCCAAGCAGUAUCAGCAAUUGCAAAAUUGCACCUACGAUUUAGAUCCAAACGACAGUAGCCAAGAAUUAGAAAUAAAGGCGUCACUAGAGAGAGAUCCGCUACCUUCAAUGAAUUUAAUGAACAUAAACAAUUUUCCACGCUACAUAGAAAACAUGAUAGAUGAUUAUCACUUCACAGCCCACAUGAACAUGACCCCCUUGACGGACAAAAACAUGAUACAAGAGAUGCAGGAGGUUGCUGAUUUGCUGCUACAACGCAUUCCAAACGCAGAUGAGCCGUUGUCCAAUGACUCAAUGUCAUCCAUAACUUCGCCCAUGGAACCAAACGUACAGCCUUACCCUGAGAACCAAGUGCUAAUGCAGAAGGAUCGUCUCAACAACAACGUCUUCAACAAACUCCUCAGCCAGAACUACAAUCCCCCUCCAAAGGGCAGCUUAACUGAAGUGAAUCAGCAGCUGGAAAUUCAGGUCCAGCUGCAUACCCAGCAGCAACUAUCCAACGAAGGAACCAACCUGUUAGACGUGGAUGGUUUCCACACCGUACUGACGCCCACGUCCCUCCCCUCGCCUGUCAAUAGUCCUGAGAACCUCAGAAGCUGUCUCAACACGCCUGGGCCCUCGAGCGUCAGCAGCAGUCGGCGAGAAUCAAGUGCCUCAAUUUCUUCUCUUUCUGCUGGAAUCCUGAAAGACGAUCCAGAAGGCCUGAUUGAAAGGACAAAUUUGCGUCUUAUGCUCUCUCAGCAGUUGGGGAUUCCAAUCAACACACCCCUAGAGUUCGUCAACGGCGGGCACGGAAUCAAGAAUCCUCUAGCCAACCACGACCGGAUGACUGGCAGCAGGGGAAGCGCCACCGCGGCGCCGGCUGAUGAAGAGAAAAGCCAAUCAGAGGAGGGCACUUGUCGCACUUUCUCCUGCAGAGUCUGCUCCAAGAGCUUUGGUCUGCAGCGACUGCUCAACCGGCAUAUGAAGUGUCACAGCGACGUCAAGAGAUACCUCUGCUCCUUCUGCUGCAAGGGCUUCAACGACACCUUUGACCUCAAGCGCCACACCCGCACCCACACAGGUGUACGGCCAUACAAGUGCAACCUGUGCGAGAAGUCAUUCACGCAAAGGUGCUCCCUAGAGUCGCACUGUUUGAAGGUUCACAACGAGCAGCACUCCUACGCCUAUAAGGAGAGGCGAUCAAAAAUGUACGUCUGCGAGGAGUGUGGACACACCACUGGCGAGCCUGAGGUGCACUACGUCCACCUCAAGGACCUACACCCAACCAGCCCGUCGCUGCUCAAGUUCUACGACAAACGUCACUUCAAGUUCACCAACAGCAACUUCGCCAGCAUGCUGGUAAUGCGAUCUUAACAUCUUAGAAAAUCAAGGUGUGAAAACAGAAGAAAUAUGAACUCAGUUAUUUGAGAUUUUGCGACCUGGGUUUUCGUCGCAUGGGAGCGUGGAGUUAGAUGAAACCAACUCUACUUGUAGAUAGUGCAUCUUGCAGGGGAGUUUAAAAGACAAAGAUAAAAUUAUAUGGAUUAUAUAUGUAAUAUUUUUUUCUGCUCUUUAGGGCUGCCAACCGCCACGUUCCGUUAAAUUUUUAAAAAGGAUAACAUGGGAAUUUUAUUUGGUAAAUCUUCAUUUUAAAAUUUAACAUUGACAUAAAAGAGUGGCGAGAGAAAUCUGUGGGUUUUAGCUUUGGCUAACACCCAGAGAGCUGACACAACACGAGCUGUUUCUGUUUCGGCAUCAAAUUUUGGAUCGAUGUUCAGCUUUAAGGAGCAGAAAACCUCAAGAAAAACUACCUUGCAAGUUGCUAGACUAUACACUAGGAUACAAUACGAUAAUUAGACUGUCAGGAUAUACAAACACAUCUGGUGGAUUACAUUUUAAAUGAGACUUGUGGUUCGAUCGUAUAGCAUAGUAAAACCGAAUGACAUUUCGGUUAAUUUACAAUUAAUUACACAUUUUACUUUAGACUUUUGUACUUCAUAUACUUAGGAUCGUAAUGCCUAUUUUAAUAAGUAAUCAUUAAAAGUAUCACAGUCAAUAAGAAAUAUCAUCACUGACGAAAAUUGGGGAGCAAAAAAUUUUAGGUCAGUAGAGCUAACAGAAGAUAUGAAAAAUACUGCAUAGGCUAAGGGUAGUAGACCAACAAGGAGAAUAGAUUAUGUUUGUAAGAGGGAGCUCUUGCCGAAGACAUUGCUAAUAAUGAUUUGGCGUUGAGAUUUUGCACAAUGAUGGUGGCGUUGUUGGAUCAUUCAACUCAAAGCAAUGACGUAGGACAACACUCGGCCAAUGGACUUAAAUCAGAGAGGGGAACCGAGACAGGCUUUUGGUCCCGUCCCUGUCCCAUUUUAGUUUUUCGGGUUCCUCCCUGUCCCGUCCCUGUCCCUGUUAGCUCUUAGUCUUGUCCCUGUUUAGUCCCCCCUCGACCCCUUACCAGAUUCGUAAUUUUUUACUUAACUUUAAAAUUAGCCAUUUUUUGUCAGUAAAUAACAAAUUGUAAGUAAAUUGUAAACCGUGCAAGAGUGCUCACUUUUAAAUAUGAGUCGGCGGAGACAUUGAAUUUUUACUUUUGUUUCCAGGGUUCGCAUAAACCCGCAUUUUUCCGUAAAAACUCACUGCAAUGCAAAAAAAAAUGUUUUUUGUGGGGGUUUCUGCAAUUUUGCUAAAACUGUCCCUCGUCCCGCUGCAGGUUGUCCCUGUCCCGAAAUAAAAAAUUCGUCCCGUCCCUCAGGGAAUCCCUCAGGUACUGGACAGGAAUGCCGUAAUCCCUGUCCCUGGUCCCCUCUCUAGACCUAAAUAAACGAAGAUUACGCCGCUACUUUAAAGCCUUUGCAGAGAACCGAGAGCAAAUCGUAAUGAUCGCUUUCUUUUGAUACAUCCUUCCCUUCAUCACACUACGCCAACAUCUGUUUGUACAGCAAACAACAAUCAAGAAUAUUGGGAUUCAAAUAUUGUACUGGGUUGAGACGGUUCCAGGGGUAUGCAUACUGGCAAAUAUUUUUCUCACAAGCAAUUGAAUGACUGCAUUUGCUAUUUUCAAGAACAAAAUUUGUGCAAUUAAUUUAUGAGCCGGCCAGAAGGUGGAAAAGUCAAAACUCUUGACUUCUUCAACACUGGCCGAGCGCAUUUCUAUUCAUUUAACUAUGUAAUACCGUGUUUUAGCAUUACUACGGACUAUAAUUUAGGACAAAGUCUGAUAUUUUUUCAACUAAAGGUGCUACGAAACUUAUUGCUCAGGCACUCUUUACAUAGUAAAAUCAAUGUAAAUGCGUUCACCACUUAUGCUUGGUGACACAUUUUCAAUACAUCUUCCAAAUAAGUCUUCCCUAAAGCUGGAUGUAUUCAAAGCUAUUCAACGAUAUCAAUGGGACUAACAUGCAAUAAUCAACGUUGUAAGACUAUCAUGUGUUGCUGGCAUCGCGCAAAAUCAAGUUCGUCGUGAACGCUUGCUUUACUUCUUGAAUUGACUGAUAAAUAUUGAUGUUUUAGAAUAUUGUAGGAGCCACCUUUUCCCCCACUAUCACCUUAUGAAUAACGCGACCCCUCUGUGCGCUAUAGUAUAAACCUAAAUUCUUUUAUGAGCAGGCCUGAGUAAUUCAUUAUUCAGCAGAUAGUGUAAAAGGGUUGCUUUUUAUAAUCGCGUUAAUCUUGUCGUCUCGCAGUACACUUGAUUUUGCGUCAUGCCAGCAAUAUAAUACACGCACCUGUUAAUAGAGAACAAUGGAGUAUUUUAUAAUAUAUUUCUCUACAACAAAUUAAA